GCGGUAGUUGGAGGAAGUUUGGAUGUUUGUUACCUGUGCGCUUGGCGGUUUGUAACGUCACCUCACUGGCCUCAGGUCAGUUUCUGGCCCCCUCCUCCUCCUCCUAGCACUGAUUGGAGGGCCACGUGAACCGCGUGCAGCUAAAAAAAACGGAAAAGAGAGCGCGCGCGGCGGGUAACCGCGAGUUUGAAGAGUAACUCAGGUGUUUUCAGAAUGAGCUCCUCGGCUGAUCUGGAGCAGCUGGCAGAAAUCGAGCUGCAGAAGGGGGAGGGGGGCAGUUGUGUCACAGACGGUCCAUCAGCUCCUCCAGUCAGCACACCAAGUCUCGACCCCUCCCACCCGUAUUACGACGUGGCUCGACACGGCAUCAUCCAGGUUUCGGGGGACGACCACUACGGCAGGAAGCUGAUUGUCUUUAGCAGCUGCUGCCUACCACCUUCGCACCAGCUGAAUCACCACCGCCUGCUCGAGUACCUGAAGUUCACACUGGACCAGUAUGUGGAGAUGGACUACAUCCUGGUGUACUUCCACUAUGGCCUGAGGAGCAGCAACAAGCCGUCUCUCAAGUGGUUACGAGAGGCUUACGGCGAGUUCGACAGGAAGUACAAGAAGAACCUGAAGGCUCUGUAUGUUGUCCAUCCCACCAACUUCAUCCGAAUCGUCUGGAACCUUUUCAAACCUCUGAUCAGUCACAAGUUUGGGAGGAAGCUGACGUAUGUGAACUACUUGGCUGAGCUUCGGGAACACCUGAACUACGAGCAGCUCUUCAUCCCCCCGGAAGUGCUCAGACAUGACGAGGAGCUGCGAGCGACUCAGAAAGGAGGACCCCCGCCCUCUGUGAAAACACCCCCGCCCCGGCCCCCACUGCCCACCCAGCAGUUCGGCGUUAGUCUUCAGUACAUCAGAGAGAAGAACCGAGAGGCCGUCAUCCCACCUGUGAUGACCCAGACUGUCACAUACCUGAAGGAGAAAGGUCUGAGGACCGAGGGGCUCUUCAGGCGAUCGGCUCGGGUUCAGCUCAUUAAGGAAGUACAGAAACUCUACAACCUGGGGAAGCCGGUGAACUUCGAGCAGAUAGGAGACGUGCACGUUCCCGCCGUGAUCCUGAAGACAUUCCUCAGAGAGCUUCCUGAGCCAUUGCUCACCUUCCGGGUCUACAGCCAGGUCCAGGAGCUGCUCCAUGUGGAGAGCAGUCUGCGGGUGACCCGAUGCAAACAGAUCGUUGAGAGUCUACCUGAACAUAAUUUCAUUGUGGCAAAGUACCUGCUGUGCUUCCUGCACCAGGUGUCUCAGGAAAGCAUCAUAAACAAGAUGUCUCCAUCUAACUUAGCGUGUGUUUUUGGCGUGAACCUGGUCUGGCCUCUACGGUCUAAAGCCAACGGAGGCCUUUGA